UCUUUGCAAUAACAGCUCACACAGCCGCAUUUCUCGAGAGACAAGUGCCUCAUACCAGCAAACCCCACAAUCGUUAUCUCACAAAGCGGCGACAAAGAAACCAAGGCCUGGCCAUGGCAACCGAAAAAGACUCGACGCGUCCGCCUACAGCAGAGCAAAAUGAAGAGCCUAAGCAAGAUUCCAAAAUGUCUCGGCUGCAGAUCAUGCUCAUAGCUCUGGCUGCGUUUGCGCUAAUUGGGAAUGCGAUGGUCUCGGCUUCCCAUGCCUUCGGGCCUGACACUGGUCACAAUUUAGCCAUCCACGGAGCUAUGGAUGAAUUCAAGAAGGGAAUUCCCAGAAAACUGGAGAAGAAACGCCAGAAAGAUGGGAAUAAGGAGCUCCCUGGCAGCGCAAGUGACAAAAAGAUGGAUAAAGCUCAAGACAAACUUGUUACUAAGCGAGAGCUACCCAAAUCAGAAAACAGAAUGGAUACUGCCGUUGCCAAAUCUGAUUCUACAACAAAGAAGAAACAAGAAGAUACCCCAAAACAAUCCAAGGGAAUACAAAAUAAAAAUCUUCCCCAAUCCAAGAUUGCAAGCCUCAAUUGUGACAGCUAUGGCGGGCCUUCGAAUGACUUUGCCAAUGAAAUGGUGUAUUGGGACGAUAUUCACUCCGAUGCACAAUAUGUGAGCCCCUUUCGGAAGAAACUUGGCAGUCGGCGCCAAUACAUGACCUUUGAACCGGAUGGAGGCGGUUGGAACAAUAUUCGCAUGGCCAUGGAAACUGUGGUGGGGCUUGCUAUAGCCACGGGAAGAAUCCUUGUGCUGCCUCCUCAAAAGAAAAUGUACCUGCUAGGAAAAGGAGACAACAAACAGAAACGACAUUUUGACUUUGAUGAUUUCUUCCCCAUGAAACAAAUGGCAGAAGAAAAUGCUGCUUUGGACAUGAUCACAAUGAAAGAGUUCCUGGAAACUGAGGCCAUGACUGGCAACCUAAGGGACAAGGAAACAGGGAAACCAUCAUUUCCACCAGGUAAUCGAACUGAUUGGAACGGGAUCAAUCAGGCAGAUUAUGAUGUGCUCCGUGAAUGGCUUCGAACGGUCGCAAUGGUGCCACUCUGGAGACCAGGGCAGUGCCUAGCAACCUUCCCUGCACAAGGGAAUCACAAGAGCAUUCAAGAAUUGCAGGAAAUGCAAGGCACAAUUCACAAAGAAGGCUUGAAAUGGGAGUCUUAUGUGGGUCAUCCAGUUCCUGUGGAUGCAGCUCCAAUUGAGCGGAUGAAGGAGAACAUGGCAGAAAGAAAGGAGCUCUGUGUUUAUAAUGAAACCAUGCAGGAUGAAAUGGUCUUACAUUUUGCAUGCUAUCACAAAAUGCACCUGCGUCUUCUGGUUCAUUUCUAUUGUUUCUUGUUCAUGGAGGACUGGAGAGAGGAUCUCUGGAUGAAACGUUUCAUGAGAGAUCACAUGAGAUAUAAUGAUGAAAUACAAUGUGCUGCAGCACGAGUUCUCCGUGCAAUGAGAGAAGUCGCCAGAAAGAACGAUCCCAAAGGCAACUCUGAUGGUUUGUUUGACUCUUUUCAUGUUCGAAGAGGGGACUUCCAAUAUAAAGCAACACGUAUUCCUGCUGAAGAGAUCUACAAGAAUAGUCAUGAACAGCUGACCCCAAAUACUACGAUCUUUAUUGCAACUGAUGAACGGGACAAAAAGUUCUUUGACCCUCUUCGAAAGCAUUACAACAUUUAUUUCCUUGACGAUUUCAAAGAGGCAUUGCAGGGUGUCAACAGCAAUUACUUUGGUAUGAUUGACCAGUUGGUGGCGGCCAAAGGCCGCAUUUUCUUUGGCACUUGGUUCUCUACCUUUACAGGAUUCAUCGACAGGAUUCGUGGAUAUCGUUCUGUCAAAGACAAACUGCCUGGAUACCAAGAUGGCACCCUACCAACAUCUUACUAUUACGCAGUACCUAAGAAAAAGUUCGAAAUGCACGAGUACGCCCCUUUGCAUGGUGCCUUUUUCAAUCGGGAGUUUCCGACAAGUUGGAGGGACAUCGACAAAGGCAUUGGGGAGUUAACAACGGCUGCAGUUUGAUGAACACGCACUGCCUUGCAAUAUGGAGAACCUGAGGCCCGAGGGCAGUUCUCUGUAUCCGUCAAUUACAGCUGCUGCAACACAGCCAGGUUCCCACAUAUCACACUGACAGAACAAACCUCUCCUGUUAGUCCUGCCCUCCCAUCGCCCUUUAGGUGUGGGUAAUCACCGGGCUCGUUGACUCGCGACUACAAAGCUGCUCUAUGUCUCUCAUCGCGACGGAGUUUGGCUAUGUACAUAUAUUUACAGUGAGAGAGAUAAACAGAACCAUCUAACGCAAGUCUAUCGGCAAACCCAUCUUCUCGAGGCGAUCUUCCAAAGCAGUCUUUUGUUUCAUUCCGUACUUCUCCAUGUCACCAGGAAGCACUUGGCCCAGAGUGCUUCCCUCUGCACGAGUGAGCUCCUCCGUAUCCAAACCUUGCACCAGAAUCUGUUUCUCUAGUGCGGCAAUGGUUCGUUUCAACAGCCUCUUCUCGUUACGACGAUGCCUCACCGCCAUGCGCUGAUUGUACGAGAGCAGUCGGAACAAGCUCUUGUCUUUGAUCAUGGCAGCAUCCUGAUCUUCGGUAUUGGGAUACUUGCUGAGUUGUCGUUUCACGGCGUCAAUCACCGAUGUCAAGACUGCCGCCUCAUUGGCCGUCGAAAUAGUACGCGAGUAAUCAAAGUCCGCCAAUGGUUUGCCUCGAGUAUCAUCCGGCGUCAUUUGCAUCAGCCGUAAGAAUUCCAACAUUUCCACUGGGUAUCGAUCGGCGUAGCAGGGGAAAUCUACCGUUUUGUCGCGUCCCACCGACGAGAGAAACUCUACCUUUUCCUCCGCUAGCGGAUCGACUGGAAUGUUUGCAUCGUUCAACUCUUUGACGAACGAGGCAGUUCGAGGGGCAAUCGACACAGUGACAUCCACGGAAUUGAAGGGAUUCCUCUCGACGGCAAAUCCAUACAGCAGGAGGAGUUCGGCAUUGGAUUUGGGUCCGUACGAGAUGUAGAUCUGUUCCAUUCUUCUGUAACCUCGAUCCGCAAAGAGAAUGACUUCUUCAUCGCCCGUUUUGAAUAGCCAAUCUCCAUUUUCCCUGGCAUCAAUGUAGGCUUGUGAAAAUGGAGAAUGAUUGAUCAAAUCGGCAUAGGGUACCAUGGCAAGUGUCUCUCCCUGUUUGAGACUUCGCAAUCGAAUGGCCCGAGAAAAGAGAUUGGUAAACGCCCAGAGCCAGUUGUCAUAGGUAAAGCGCUAUCGGUGGGGAGAUAGUUAUUGAGUGAGAAGUCAAUUAUUAAUCAUCAUGUAGGAAUGGAAUGGAGUCUACGUUCAGAUCAGAUGAUCACUGCAAUUUUAUUACGAAGCUCUUACCUCUUUCGGGAAUCGGUCUGGGAAUUUUGCGAAUAAUCCCUCUUCUCCUUCGAACAAAGCUUGGUACUCUCGUUCCAAUUUCAUUUGCAAACUCUUGGUGGCUGCCACGACGGGCGACCCAUUGAGGAAAUUCAAGUCUUCAUCGGACCAAGUAAAGGUGGGAUUGACUUCGUCGACCUCUGGGAGGACCCCCAAGUAGGGCUUCCAAAAGGAGUUUUCCGAGGUUCGUUCGUGAAUGAGUUGACAGGCAACCGCCAAGUAUUCGUUGAUAUCUUCCGGUAGGGCAUCCUUCCCCAAUGCCUUUCGUGCCGAUGCCUUGGUCAAGCACAGAUUUAUGGGGACGCGGAGGAGCUCAUCUCCAUCGUUGAUAUCCUUGCGAGCCAACAAUCCUCGUCCCGACGAUUCAUUGGUGAUUUCAUCUUUGGUUUCCGUGGAAAUGGCCAUGGGAUGAGGAGCUUCUCCCCAGGAGGAUUGUUCGCUAAGGUACACAUCUCCUUCCUCUUCGAGCCAUUGGACCAGAUUGGAGUUGGCCGUGACUUUGGGAUCCCCCUGACCUUUCUUGGGACCCAGGAGACCCUUCAUUUUCAUGUCCGUUUCAAAUUGACCGGGAAUCAUUCCAGAACUUUCUUGCAAGGCUUUGGCCCAUUCCGUGUCGCUGCCAUCUCCUCCUGCCAUGAAGAACGCGGGGACCGAUGAUGAAUAUCUUGCACAUGUAUUGGUGGGAUGUUGCAAAAAUGCCAUUGAGGCUCUGCCCAGCAGCAAGAGCUGCAGCGAAAUUCCAAACUUCAUGUUGCUCUCAGAUCGUUCCUUUCACACAAACUUUUGAAAUGGUUCAACAACACCUCUACCACAGUAAUCCAAUAUGAUAUCCUUGUUUUCUUUUCUUUAGCAGAGAGAAAGAAAGGCUGUCACAAUGAUGUGGUUCUGUGGUUGUCGACCUGUCGCCUUCUUCGUGGAAGUAAAAAAAAAUUGCCGUUUCCAAAGUUGAAGAAAGUUGAAGCACUGGAACGGGACUGGAGGUUCGUGAGUGACGUCAGUACAAGAAGAUCUUUC